AUUACCUCUGUAGUUUGAUUUUUUUUUUUUUUUUUUUUUCCGGAUUGAUUUUCAAAGCUAACAGAUCCUCCAUCCAUCGACCAUACAUGGCGGCUAGAAGGAUCUCAUCCCUCCUUUCUCAAUCUUUCUCUUCUUCUUCUGCAGCAGCUCCACUUCUUCAAGGCAGAAAUUAUAAAGGCAUCCGUCGACUUGGCACCACUGGUGCAGCUGAAGAACUGAUAAUGCCACCUGUAAAAGUAGAGCAUACCCAGCUACUAAUCAAUGGGAAAUUUGUAGAUUCAGCAUCAGGAAAAACCUUUCCAACCUUGGACCCUAGAACAGGAGAGGUGAUUGCUCAUGUUGCUGAAGGUGAUUUGGAAGACGUCAACCGGGCUGUCUCUGCUGCUCGCAAAGCGUUUGAUGAGGGACCAUGGCUAAAGAUGUCUGCAUAUGAAAGAUCAAAGAUACUUUACCGUUUUGCGGAUUUAAUCGAGAAGCACAAUGAUGAAAUUGCAGCACUGGAGACUUGGGAUAAUGGGAAGCCUUAUGCACAGGCUGCUGAGGUUGAAAUUCCUUUGCUGACACGCUUGAUUCGAUACUUUGCUGGUUGGGCAGACAAGAUUCAUGGUCUCACUGUUCCAGCUGAUGGGCCAUACCAUGUUCAAACCCUUCAUGAACCAAUUGGUGUUGCUGGGCAGAUUAUUCCAUGGAAUUUCCCACUUCUCAUAUAUGGUUGGAAGAUUGGUCCGGCAUUGGCAUGUGGAAAUACUAUUGUUCUGAAGACUUCUGAGCAGACGCCUCUAUCCGCCUUAUAUGUGUCAAACCUAUCAUAUGAGGCUGGUCUUCCUGAUGGAGUUCUGAAUGUGGUUUCUGGACGUGGUCCAACCGUUGGUGCAGCUAUUGCCUCUCACAUGGAUGUGGAUAAGAUUGCAUUCACAGGAUCAACUGCUACUGGUAAAUUUGUGCUUGAAAUGUCUGCCAAAAGCAAUCUUAAGCCCGUGACAUUAGAGCUUGGAGGGAAAUCUCCUUUCAUUAUAUGUGAGGACGCUGAUGUUGAUCAGGCUGUAGAGCUUGCGCAUGCUGCUCUGUUUUUUAAUCAGGGACAAUGUUGUUGUGCUGGGUCUCGUACGUUUGUUCAUGAACGUGUUUAUGAUGAGUUUGUAGAGAAAGCAAAAAACCGUGCUUUGAAACGUGUUGUUGGUGAUCCUUUCAAGAAGGGUGUUGAACAAGGUCCUCAGAUUGAUUCACUGCAGUUCGAAAAGAUAAUGAAGUACAUCAAAUACGGCAUUGAAGAAGGGGCCACCCUUGAAUCAGGUGGUGAAAGGGUUGGCAGCAAAGGAUACUAUAUUCAGCCUACCGUCUUCUCAGAUGUCAAGGAUGACAUGCUGAUAGCAACAGAGGAGAUUUUCGGCCCAGUGCAAUCCAUCUUGAAGUUCAAGGACCUCGAUGAAGUGAUCCGAAGGGCAAAUGCCACUCACUAUGGGCUGGCCGCUGGAGUUUUCACGAAGAGCUUAGACACAGCUAACACCCUGACCCGUGCAUUGAAAGCUGGGACAGUAUGGGUCAAUUGCUAUGAUAUCUUCCAUGCAGCAAUCCCUUUCGGAGGGUACAAGAUGAGUGGGCAAGGUAGAGUAAAGGGCGUCUACAGCCUUCAAAACUACUUGCAAGUGAAGGCUGUUGUUACUCCCUUGAAGAACCCUGCAUGGUUAUGAUCUCUUGAAGUUAUUUUAAAAGCUAUUUGGGUCAUGCGACGUAAGUUUUUUAGUAUAACUUAUGUUGAUGAAAAUAAAGAUGUUCAGGCACCAAUUUCUGCAAUGCCAUGUAUUGGUUUAGCUUGGAUUACAAUAUUCUCUUCUAGUUUCCUUUGCAUUUGUAUGCAGAAGUGAAUUGAAUUGUGAUUGUUGAGUUUAAACAGGAGUCAUGUCAUGCCAUUUCCUAGGCUUCAUUAAGAGGAAGUAGCCCUCAAAUUGCAGUUACAGUCCCUUUCAAUUUCAA